ACAAGUGUACGGAAGUAGCAUGCUUUCUCCAUCAGCACCGGAGCAGUUCGGGUUUUACCGGUUGAUGACACGCUACCACUGUACUACUUGUCCUAUUCUGUGAACUAACAGAGCCAUACUCGCUUUAUUAGACCGUGUGCUUCACACUGUAAAUCAUUGUAGAAUUGUAUUUAUUUUUGCCCAAAACACUGAAGACAGGAUGGAAGGGAAGUUGACAGGUGAACCAGAAAAAUGUAAAUAUCACGAAUCGCCGUUGCCAUCCUUGCCAGAAAAUAAAGAAAAAGAGCUCAUUACCAACCACCAAUCCAAUCGAGACCCUAAUUGUGGAACCGACGUAGCUCGUGCAAGAUGGACUCUCCUACGACAGGUGCUGAGGCAGAAACAACUGGACAGUGCAGACUCAGAGGUCAAGCAGGUGUCUGUCCGGAGAUUCUCCUCCUUCAACCUGUUCAACAAAACCAGUGUCACGCACCAAGAGACAGAUGACCCCUCCGAAGGCCAGUGGGUGGAAUACACAAGUGCUUCCUUCCCAGAGUUCAGUGCCUUUCUCAGAGAUAACCUCGGGCCCAUCAGAGUGAAUGAGGUUCUCAACAGUUUUGACAAUACAGGGAAUGUCUGUGUUUGGCCCUCUGAGGAGGUGAUGGCCCACUACUGCCUCAAGAAACGCCACAUGUUCAGGGGUGCGGUGUGUGAGUUGGGAGGAGGGAUGACCUGUCUUGCAGGGCUCAUGAUUGCCAUUUGUGCUGACGUGAAGGAAGUUCUGUUAUCAGAUGGGAACGAGAAGGCUAUUCAGAAUGUGCGUGGAGUCAUCGAGAGAAACAGGCAGGCCGGUGUCUUUGGCUCCACAGAUGUUUCCAGCAGAGUGGUGAGGUGGGACUGUGAGACAGAUGUCACAGCGCUGGAGGGACACUUUGACAUCGUCAUGUGCGCAGACUGCUUGUUUCUGGACCAGUACAGAGGCAGCCUGGUUGAUGCAAUAAGGAGAUUACUGCGACCAGACGGUACAGCCCUGGUGUUUGCCCCCACUAGAGGAGACACUCUGGGGGAGUUCUGUCAGCUGGCCGAGGGGACGGGGCUCCAAGUCUGUCGCUAUGAGAAGUAUGAUGAACAGGUGUGGGAUCUCCACUUAAAGAUGCAGAUUGAAGGGAAGGAGGCAUAUGAUGACAACAUCCACUAUCCUCUCCUCAUCACCCUGACCCAAGGAGCCAGCCCCACCCAUCUCCUCUGAGACCCGGCUCACCAUCCUCCCCUCGCUGCCCAGCCUCUUGCCAAUCAGACUCCCAGGGUUAGGGUUAGCCCGUCUAGCUUCCUGGCAGUCCUGCACACCAGUACUUAUGCCACUGUGUCCCUGGCUCACAUAGGGGUCGCGGUUGAUGAGAUACAAGCUUGGGGAUGAAUUGUUUGAUUUGUUUCCAGUAUAUAUUUCUUGUAUUAACUCCACUCACACUGUGGUGAGUUCAGUAUUACUAUUACAUAACAUUACAGAAUAGUUUUUUCUUGACUUUUGGAAGUUUUGUGGCAACGCUUUGAAGAGUGUGUGUGUGUUGUGAUGACGACAUGUUGUGUGUGGCUGAAUCGGUCUCUGAUCACCUGCGACCUUGUUACUGUGCAAUACAACAAUGUGCGAUGUGCAAAACCAAAUGGUGGAGAUUUCAGGUUUCCCUCGCAGCCUCAAUGAACUGUCAACACUGAGAGGGCUGAAACAUACAUAUAGAAUCACUAGAUAAUGUUCUGAUGCGCUAACCAAGUAGUAUGCCAACAACGUUUAUGUAUAUGGGCAUACUGGACAGUAUCUUUCACUAAAAGUAUAUGAUGAACUUUUCAUUUAUUAAUCAACAGGGUUCAGGUCACUUCGAUCCAUGCCCAAUACCCAUCCGAACAAGUGUUUCUGAACGCACAUCAAACUGAAAAUGUUCUUCUGAUUUGUCAUCUAUGCUCUGCAGAAGUGUCUUAAACCAAAGGUUCAAUGGCAGGGUUCCACAGAGUUGAAUGGCGAUAUGUGGUUCACUGUGAAAAGUGCUUCUCAGCCGAUACCUCUCUGGGGUUGAGUUUCCCAAAAGCUUCGUAGGACCCAGAUCUUUAGUCCACUGCCUCCAAUGGAUUUUCGGAGAUCUUAAUGCUGCUCAGCUUUGAAGAAACUCACACCUGGUCACUUGCUCAAUGCGCUCAGCUCUAUAAGCCAAGACCUUCUACACUGUCUCCAGCUGAAACUGUGUUACUGUGAGAUUAACAUGAACAACACGAUUCCACAAACUCACUGCUAUAUUUGACGUUUGUCCAUAAAACGCAAACAUCAAGUAUUAUUUAUACCCACCACUCAGCGUUAUGGUCUUCAGCUGGCUCUGGUCUAAAGUUUGCUCUUACGCUGUGCUCUUUACAUCCACCACCAUUCGUACUCUAACCACAAUUGUAUUAGACAUGGAUUGAUUGAUUGUUUUAUUAGAGUCUCAGGUGGUUUUAAUACUGUCCAUUAAAAACAUCUUGCUAUACAUUA